AUGCCCAGCGAUCAAAAUACCGUGUCAUCGGCUGAACUGCUAUUUUCAGAUCUACAUAUAAGUCUGCAAGAUAUUCGACAGGACCGGGCCCCUUUUCUGUCACAGUCUUCACAAACUCAACUGAGCGAAGUGGAAGAUGCGUUUGCCAAAAUAUGCAUGGCGUGCCGAACUGGAGAUUACGAAGUCGUAGAUUCCUUGUUGAGUACCCCCAACCUAGACGUUAAUCAGGUAGACGAAUACGAUUACUCGCCCUUGAUUCUAAGCUCAUUGUGCGGACACUUGAAAAUUGUUGAACUACUAUUGAAGAGGGGCGCCGUAUGCGAUAGAGAUACGUUCCAAGGCGCUAGAUGUAUUUAUGGAGCACUCACUGAUGAAAUCAGAGAUCUACUAGUCAGUUUCGACAUUUCCAAGGCAGUGGAUGUCAAUCAACCUUUUGCUGGUCACAUUGCGUCACUUUACACUACACCGGCCAACAAGGAUGUGGUUUUCAAGUUCAACCAAAGAGGAUUGAGUUCUGACUUGAGUGCGUUUACGUUGCAUAGAUUUUUAUUGGCUGCACGAAGCCUGUACUUUAGAGAAAAGUUUCAAAAUGAAUGGAAACUUUUGAGCGUUGUGAAUAUGCCCAGCACAGUUGAUCCAUUGGCUUUUAAGGUCAUUGUCGACUAUGUUUAUCUAAGAACUGACUCGAUGGUGAUUAACGAGAAGGGGUUCCGUAAAACGGUGGUGGCUUUAGCUGAGGAAUACGAGUUGGGGGAGUUAGCUGGUGCUGUAAGGGAAAUCGCACUUGCAAAAGAUGAAAAGGAGCAAUUCAAGGUCAAACAUGAGUUAGCAAUGAGGAUAGUUGAAAAGGCUAGAAAAGACCUCGACACAUUUUUGACUAGCUCCAUUAUUGGCAAUAGUGCUGCCUCCAAAAUGGAGCUUGAGAAAGACAUUGAGCUUGAAGAUAUCAACUCGCAGCAUUACAUUACACAAGAACAGAAAAGAAUCUUGCUUGAACUGCCCUCCAUACCUGAUGUCAUUCUAUCGUAUGUCGAUUCCAACUCAGAGACAAUAAUUUACUAUCCAGUUAACAAAUCAAUCCUCGUGAGGUCGGAAUAUUUUGAUACCAUGUUCAAAUCAGACAUUUUCAAAUUUGCCGAAAAGGACAUACCCAUGUGUAAGGAUGGGAUAAUUUUGGCUGUGAACCGACCCCAGGUUGAUGAGUCGCAUUUGCCCAUUAUACAGCUUUCAACCAGUACGGCGGACAAGAAAGUGGCAGCUAUGGUUUUGUCGUACUUGUAUCAUGAUGAUGUUAAUGAGAUUCCGUUGGAGAAUGUUAUAGAGUUGUUGUAUGCCGCUGAUGAGUUGUUUUUGGAGAGAUUGAAAACAAUGUCGGCUGUGCGAUUGAGCUCAAGAUAUCCAAAAUUCACGUAUCAGGAGUUUCAGCUGCUAAAGGCAGAAGUGAAAUAUGAUGCGUACGAUUUGAUUAGAGCAGCAUGGCUGACACGAUGUGACAAAUUGGAACAACAUAUCACCAAAAUGAUUGCCUAUAAUCUACAAGACAUUGUUGCGCGAGAGGAGGAGAGGGCAAAAUUGUUGGCCGUGAUUGCAGAAUCGGCUGCCAGAAUCAGGGAAAGACAAGACACGGAUACGAUUGAAUUAGUGGAUGAUAUCCGAUACUACUUGUCCAAGAAAUACUCAAUUAGUGAAGAUGGUGAAAGCUUGGAUCCUUUGAGCAGUUUUGGAUAUAGAGAUAAAAAGACCGAGAAUAUCAAGUUGUACCAAAACUCGUUGCUUAAGUAUGAAAGAGAUGUUGAGGUUAUCGAGAGCAUGUUGGACAAAUUGAACUUGGAUGCUUAG